AUUAUUGGUUAAAAUCUCAAACUUGUUUCAAGAUGUUUUUAUCUUAUCUUUUGAUCACUUUUAAAUGUCUUCACAGGUUGAAAUGUCCUCUUGCUGGUACAAAUAAAAGAUUUCUUAUUAAUACCAUCAAAAACACGUUACCGUCUCAAAAAGAACAAGACCAAGAACAUGAACAAAAGGAAGACAGUAAGGAGCCUGAGCCAAACAAAAGCAGGAAAGAAGAAAAACCAAAGAAACGCAGAAUUCACCCAUAUACACCCAGCUUUCAGUCCAGGAGGAGAGUCAGCUACUCUCCUCCAAGGCACCGAAGCAGGAACCAGCACACAAAGGAUAAGCAUGAAAAGCAAUCAAGCAAACGAUGAGGAGAGGAGAGUGAUGAAUAUGUGUUGUUACAAGCGAGGAAUGUUAUUAAGUGUCGGACUGCAGGGAUGUCUCAGUUUUUCAGGAAAAGAUGCUGUUCAGAAUUGAAUUUGGAACUGAGUUGCUUGUGUGAGAAGUAACGUUGAGGUAGCUUUAGAAAACCUUCUUUGGGACCUUUGAGAGAAAAGCAAUGUGCAGCAUAAAUCUUUCAGUUGUUUUAGAACAGACAUUCCUUUCCCUUUGCUCCAUUCCUCUCUCCCUUUCUGACUAAGCUUAGGGUCUUGGUGAUGGAGCAUGAUAUGUGUGUCACUGUCUGAUACAACUCCUUUAGUCAUGUCACUCUUUUGGAAAGAAAUUUAAAUUAAGCAGAAAUCUAUUUAUUGUGUAAAGUUGGCUGAACUUCUUUGCUGCUGACCAGUAAAGAAGUUUGUGUGUUUGGGUUAGUUUGGGUUUACAGAAUCUAGAAGAAGGGAAAGCUGGUCAGUGCCUGACCAAGCACAUACAUUUUGUAUAGAAUAUAAGAGUUUGCUGUCUUUAGUAUAAAAAGAAGAAAUUCAAAAUGGGCAACACUGAUUUUGUUUUCCAGGAGGAGCUACCAGGAAAAACUGAUUUUUUUUUUUGUUAUUGUAUAUUCACAAACCUGUCAUAAAUAAUAAUAAACAUUACCCCUAAAAAGCCAUAACUGCAAUAAUUGUCUCUGUUUAGACUUCCCCUGUAAGGAAGUAGUUUGAAUAGUCUGUUGUCAUGGUGCUUUCAAAACAAACCUUGAAGACAAAAUUGUCAUGUUCUCUGUCCACUGCUAGGAAGUUUCCAAGUAAAUGUGUAAUAAUAGAAAUGCAGAGGAUAUACUUCAAAACAGUCAAAUGCUUACUUUUCAAUCCUGUGUGACAAUUCUGUAGCGGUACAGUUCUUAAACUUGUGACUUGGAGUACGUAUAACAUACAUCGGCGUAUUCUACAUUUCCCUUCUGUUUGUGUUACAGUAACAAACUUCUGUGUGAAAUGUUUUGUAUUUCGGUAUUCUCAAAAAUAAUUAAUUUUGAACAUAGGUUUCCAUUCUUCAUUGUGUUGACAAUAAAAUAGAAAAUAU